AUGAUUGCUCGCUACUUAAUUUACCCUACCUCGAUUUGCUGGUGGACAGAGGAGGAAGCUGACGAUUUGAUACUCCAACAUACGGCGAACAUAAUUCUUGUGAAGUCUUUCAGCCAUGCUCGAAAGCAGUAUACUCUUCGUAUUGAUGAACAACAAAGCACGAUAGAAAGUUGCACAUGUCCAGAUUAUCGAUUGAGCAAAGGCAUAUGCAAGCACAUGUUCUUGAUCCAUCGACUCGAGGCACUCAAUUUGCCUUUUCAGCAAAAGCAUACGACAAGCCAACCUGUGCGACAAUCAUCCCAAACCACGGUUGCCACGCUUCCACAACAAAACACAAGGGAGCUUGAGCUGAAUAGCGCCAUAGCAAGAUUCCAUGCAGCAAUGCAAUCAAUCGAUGGCCCUGCAGCACGUGUCAAUGCAAAUAAUUACGAUGAAACCAAGGCACGCUAUAUUAAUCAAGCUGCCCAACAUAUCGAAUCGGUGUUUUCUUUGCUAAAGGAACAUGACAAAGCAAACAGUAGUCUCAAUGGUCGUCAACGUCGUGUAUAA